AUUAUUAUUCCUGUUUUAAUCCUUGAUUUAAUUUUCAUAUAUUUUGUGGUUUCACAAAAGGAAAAUUAAUUAAAAAAAAAAAAAAAUUCUGUACACCUUCAAAAAUUGCAUCUAAAUUCUGAGGCUAAAAGCCAAAAGAAAUGAGUUGAGGACUGACAACAUAUCAUAGCAGUGGCCUCAGUAACCAAGCAAGUAUGCCCCCUAGUGGCUGUGAACAGCAUAGGACAGAAAUUUGGAGUCAACAAUCAAGUCAAAUAUACAAAUGGUGUCAUGAUUUAGUAAAGAGAGGAGCUUUAACGAUGCCUUUUAAACGUCAUGAUUUGUUUGUCUGCACUGGACUUUGUUGUUGGGCGUGUCGCCUUGUCUGUUUUUGGCCAUGAACAAAGGCCCUCAGGCAUGUCUGACACCGUGCUGUGUUGACAGGCCCGCCUUCUCUGAGCUCACAUGCUUUUCAUGGAGCGCUUGGCUCCCAAAAAAAGACAGUGCAUCAUGAGGGCCGCACUUUUGCUACGUACCCCUCUGAUCCCCCCUCUUAAGGCUGGGGCGGCAGCUGAGGGAGAUUAGAGAGGACGAGGACGGCGGUGGACAACAACACCAGCAGCCUGGAGAAAUCUGCUUCAAUCUGGAGUCACUUUUGGGAUCUCAAGCAACCUUUUAUUGGAUGUGCACGGUUUUUGAGCUCAGGUACCGCUUGAUGAACAGUGUCUAGGCUUCUUAACGCCUCUCGUCUUCACUAAUUUGGCCAUGAGUUGCUUCGGGUACCGCCGAGAGCUGAGCAAGUACGAAGAUGUGGACGAGGACGAGCUUUUGGCCUCGCUCAGCCCAGAAGAGCUGGCUGAGCUGGAGAAAGAGCUUGCGGACAUUGACCCCGAUGCCAACGUGCCCAUAGGACUCCGACAGAGGGACCAGACGGACAAGACCCCGACUGGCACCUUUAGUCGAGAGGCCCUCAUGAAAUACUGGGAGAACGAGACACGGAAAAUCCUAGAAAAUGAGAUCGGUGGAGAAAUUCCUAAAGGGGAGGAAGAGGAUGAGAGUGUAACAGACAGAAACAGCGCGUCGGAGGACGAAAAAGACGACGAAAGUGAGAAAGAGCAGAAAAAGCUAAUGCAGGAAGAAGAGGAGGAAGAAGAAGAGGACGAGAGCGAGGAGGACGAGGAAGAAGAGGAGGUCGUCACCGAGGAGGACGACGAAGAAGAGGAGCAAGCAGCCGCAGACGUGGAGCCUCCCACGCUGCUCAAACCACAGAGGGUGGAGCCUGUGAGACUAACUCCUCCCCCUCCACCUGCGGACCCCAACAGCAAUCCCACCGUUGUCGACGAGGCCCUGCAGCGAGUGCUUAGCGACGACCCUGAACUCACAGAGGUCAACUUGAAUAACAUUGACGACAUCUCGCAGGACACUCUUAUCAGAUUCGCGGAGGCCCUGAGGUCCAACACUCACGUGCGACUCUUCAGCCUCGCCAACACCCGAGCGGACGACCCGGUGGCUCUGGCCAUUGCCAAGAUGCUGCGAGAGAACUCGUCCGUCGUCAGCCUCAACAUCGAGUCCAACUACGUGAGCGGGAAGGGCGUGAUGGCGCUGGUUCAAGCGCUGCCGGCAAACAACACCCUGACGGAGCUGCGAUUCCACAACCAGAGGCACAUGUGUGGAGGACAGGUAGAGAUGGAAAUGGUGAAAAUACUGCGGGAAAACCACACCUUGAUCAAACUGGGCUACCAGUUUAACCUGCCAGGACCCAGGAUGAGCAUGACAGGCAUUCUUACCAGGAACCAGGACCGCCAAAGGCAGAAACGAAUGCAGGAGCAGAGACAGCAACCGGAAGGAGCCAUCAACCCUCGCACCAGCGCACUGAGAGGAACACCCUGCAGCUCACCAAGAUCCUCACCUUGGUCCUCACCCAAAAUGGCUAAGAAGCAAACCCCACCCGCACCACCUCCACCUCCACCACCGCCACCCCCACCACCGCCCCCUCCCCCCCGCCAGGAAAAGAAGAAGCCCACCAGGACGAUCGCAGAGGUGAUCAAAUGCCAUGAAGCGGGCAGUAGGAAGACCAAGAGCAAAGGGAAGAAGGGCAAGAAGGGCAAAGCGGGAAAAGACGAGACCACCUCCAUCCUCAAGGAGCUGAAGAACGCGCUCAGACCUGUGUCGGUGGAGAGGCGCGGGGGGGAGGAGGGCAGCAGGCCAUCCACGCCCAUGAGGUCGGCCCACGACCAGCUGAUGGACUCCAUACGGAACAGCAGCAUCCGCGGCCUGAGGAAGGUGGAACUACCUUCACAUCUACUAUAAUACAGAAGAGGAAAUAAUUAAUGUUGCCAUAGUUACUGGGAGUGGAGAGGAAGACCAACGUGGCCAAAAACAAAACAAAUGUUGGAAUUACUGCAAUGUAAUUUUUUUUUUUUUAAAUUUUCCAUUGUUUUAGAUUUGUUUACUGGUUAUUCUUUCCAUGUUUUUCUCAUAAAUUUGUAAAUAUGCCAUGCUUUUUGUCUAAAUAUGAACUUUUUUGUGAGCGUUUUUUUGUCAAUAUGUUUAAAGGUUGUAUUUUUUUUUCUUUUAUCGAGAUCAUUAAGAUCGUAUUUUUCAACAGACACGAGUCAGUUAAUUCAUGCGUGUUCUAUUCGGGUAGCAAGUGACAGCCCAGAAUAACUAAAUGCAGAUAUGUGAUCGACAUCACUGGCAGCAGGAAGUGAGCACUCACUUUGUUUUGUGAUAUGAUGGGGAAGAUGAAGGGCUUAUAGAAAGAAACAGAUGGGAUGCUCAGACAUGACAGAUGCAAGACUAAAAAGAAGCUGUGAACAUGCACCAGAUAUGUCUAAAAUUCCAAUUAUCAAUGUCAAUUUCUUCCUUUUACUUAAAAAGCGAGUAAAACCAGUAAUGUGCUACUUAGUAGGAUAUAACACAGAGACGGAAUGCGAUGAGGAUAACACUUCCUGCAGCAAUUUGUCAUGGUCUGUCCAAGUGUCAAUAAGGGGAACCCCUUCAAUGACUCCUGCUAUAAACCCUCACUUCCUGCUUCCUUGUAAAUGUGGCCCCUCAUGUAAAAUGCAAAGAAGUCCAAGCCCAGUCCCUCGAGAUACAAUUAAACUGUUAAUGGUGCAAGAUGUGCAAUAUCUGCAUGGUGAUGACGAAGUGGAAUGGGCUAAUGCAUGCAUUCGUACUAAUCAUGAUGAUGUUUUUCAAAGACAUGUAUGUUGUUGUAAUGGAAAGUGACAUACCUGCUGUAAUCCCUCUUAGACGGUCCACAGUUCAGGGUCAUUACAGCUAAAAAUAAAAUGGUCACACUU